AUUUUAUUAAUGGAUUUAGCGGUGCAUAGAUUUCUUGAUCUAACAAUCGGUAAUAUUUUUGGAAAAGAUAUUACUUGCAGAGAGUGCCCCGAACCUUGUGAUUAUUAUCAACCUGGCGUUUUAGUUGUAAUUGGAAGAACAGCAAUUAAUUUAUUUAAAAAAUUUUUACUACCUGGAGGAUUAUGCGGAGCAGUUCCAAUAAUUAGGCCAGAACCUACGCCUCCGGAUGCACCCGUACAUUGCAGCAACGACGGAUCUGUACCGAGAAUAAUUAGGCCGUCGGAAUUACCGAUUUAUGUUCAUCAUGAGCAAAAAAAAAUUGAACCUGAGAUACGUGAUCCAAAUAGUAUUCGAUCGCAAAUAGAAGACGGAUUUGGGACAAUAAGAAAAACAUUUUCCGGUGUUUCGGAUCAGUAUCAGAUGGUCCAUGAUAAAAUUAGCCAUUUUUACAACACAGGUCUUGCUCAUAGCAAAGGAUCAAUUGAUUACUUGCACCAAGAAGAAAAUAUUCUCCCCCGGAUCGGUACAAUCUUAGGCGGAGGACUAGUUGGAUUUUUAUUCGGUAUCCGCGGAGGAAGAUUCAAGCGUUUUAUUUACAUGUCAACUGGUGCUGGAUCAAUGGCUGCUAUUUGCUACCCGGAUUUAGCAAAAGACACUUUAAAUUCUAGCAAACAUUACAUCAACAUUGGCUAUAAUUUUAUUUACGGCGUAAAACCAGGAGACGCGAACCAAAAAGAAAUAAAGUGGCCGGAAUUACCGAGUAUUAAAUUACCGGAUAAUUUCAAUGACUUCCUGGUGUUGGUUAAAGACACCGGGUGUAGCGUUGUCACUUCUAUCGGUUCAUUAACUGGAGAUUUAAUUAAAUCCGAUGAACCGAGUCAAAAAGAGAACAAACCUGUGGAAGCAACAAAAGAAGCAAAAAAUAAAUAG